AUGAUUCUCGAGAACGUCAAGGAGAUCUGGACCGAGACCAACCCAGACGAUAGAAACAAAAAGAUGAUGCGAGAACGACGGCUCAGCACGCGUAGAGAGUACCUCAACUACGAAAUUGACAAGGUCAACAACCCGAUUCGUAUCCCGAAAGACCAGCUCGCAGAACGGAUGGCCAAGAUCCCGCUGAAAAACUAUAGAAACUUCAUCAUUGUGGCCCAUGUCGACCACGGAAAAUCCACUUUGAGCGAUAGAUUGCUUGAGCUGACAGGAGUCGUUGAACCAGGCCAGCAGAACAAACAAAUUCUCGAUAAACUCGACGUCGAGAAGGAAAGAGGCAUUACUGUCAAGGCCCAAACCGUUUCCAUGAUCUACCAUUACAAAGGAGAGGACUACUUGUUCCACCUGGUGGACUCGCCAGGCCAUGUGGAUUUUCGUCUCGAGGUGUCACGGUCGUAUGCGUCGUGCCAAGGCGCACUACUGCUCGUGGACGCGUCUGAAGGAAUCAAGGCGCAAACCGUCGCCAACUUCUACCUUGCGUAUUCGAUGGACUUGCGGCUGCUGCCGGUAAUCAACAAGAUCGACCUCGACACGGCGAACAUUGAGCGCGCCGAGGAACAGAUCGCCACCACUUUCGAGCUUCCAGCACGUGACAUUGUGCACGUGAGCGCAAAGACGGGGCAGAACGUUGAGUAUCUUUUACCAGCGAUGAUCGAGAAGAUUGCGCCUCCGAUGCACUGUCGGCCAGAUGCACCGUUGCGGGCGCAGAUAGUGGACUCGUGGUACGAUCCGUACGUGGGGGUUAUCCUUCUAGUGAACAUGGUGGACGGUGUUAUCAAGAAAGGCACCAAAAUAGAGAGCUGUCGCACCAAAGAAAAAUACGAGGUUAAAGAAGUCGGUAUCAUGUAUCCCGAGCGCACGCCGAUGCCACAAUUGGUUGCUGGCCAGGUUGCGUAUGUGAUUCCUGGGUUCAAAGAUCCGAACGACGCGUUUGUCGGCGACACGCUUAUCCUGGCGAACUCUGACGCGGAGCCGUUGGAAGGCUUUGAGGAGCCGAAACCGAUGGUUUUCGUGGGCGCGUUCCCGGCGGAAGGGUCAGAUUUCAAGAAAAUGGAGGAGAGUCUGCAGCACCUUUUCCUGAACGACAGGUCAGUGACAAUCCAGCGGGCCACGUCGAACGCCUUGGGCCAAGGCUGGCGACUUGGAUUUCUUGGGUCGCUACAUGCGUCGAUUUUCAAGGAGCGGCUCGAAAAAGAGCAUGGUAAAAAUCUUAUUAUUACAUCGCCAACGGUGCCGUACAAAGUGCACUACACAGACGGCACAGAGCAGGUGGUGAGCAAUCCGGACGAGUUUCCGGAUGGUACACAGAAACAGAAGAUCCGAUACCUAAGCGAGCCGUACGUGGAGGCUCUGAUGACGUUCCCGAGCGAGUACACGGGCACAGUGAUGACUCUGUGUGACAACCAUCGCGGCGAACAGGUGGAUAUACAGUACUUGUCAAACGGACAGGCGCUGGUCAAGUAUCUGCUGCCGACGUCGCAGCUGAUUGACGAUUUUUUCGGCAAGCUCAAGAGCGCGACGCGCGGUUAUGCGUCGCUUGACUACGAGGAUCACGGGUACCGUCCUUCUGACAUCCACAAGCUGGAGCUACUGGUGAACGGGAACGGCGUCGACGCGCUGUCAAUGGUGCUGCAUAGGAGCCAGCUCGAAAAGACGGCGCGGCGAGCAGUCCAGCGGCUCAAAGAGUUUCUGCGGAUCCAGCAGUUCGAAGUGAUCAUUCAGGCCAAGGCCAACAACCGCAUAAUUGCAAGAGAAACCAUCAAGGCUCGCCGCAAAGACGUGCUGGCCAAACUGCAUGCGGCAGACAUCUCGCGGCGCAAAAAAUUGCUUGCCAAACAGAAAGAGGGCAAGAAAAACCUCAAGGCCGUGGGCCAGGUCCGUAUCUCGUCGGACGCAUACCAGUCGUUCCUGCGCAAGGACUGAUGUAAAUAGUAUUAGUGUAUCAAUUGCUCGAUCAGCGCGCGGAUCUUGUCAUUUUCGUUGCGAUUUUUGAUUAGGUAAAGGAUAUGGUUCAGCACCGCGUCACAUUGCUCCACGUCGUGAGCUAGUUUCUCAGAGAAAUCGCGUUUAUAAGGAGCAAAGAGCCGCACAACCGUGGGGCGACAGUUUGUUUCUCCCGUCUCGGUCUCUGCACAGUAAUGCAUCUCCAUCAGCUUUACCUCGCGCUGCUUCAGAUUAAUCACAAACGUCCUGCUAAUGGCUUUUGGGCCCAAACGCGCGCAGUCAUCGCGCAUCGACUCGCCGAUCUGACCCUCCAGAUUGUAGUGUACAGGACAUGCCUGAAGAGAAAAUUCAGGCCGGUACUGGUCGAUGAAACCGGUCAUCAGCGGCAACACCUGGGGACGGGGUAUUUUCAAGGCUAGGGGAGCAAUGUCGAGCACUUUCGCGCCGCCCGCCAAGUCUACAGCCUCAAAGUGCACGUCAGCCGCCAUCACGAGCUGCGCCAGAUCGACACGCUCGGCCACACUCGGGAUCUCGUACGUGGUGCGAACCACGGCUUUCUCCUUGUCAAUAUCAAGUGACCCGAGGUCACGUGUCAAUCGCGAGAGGUUGCCUGCGCCUGAGGACACAGAUUUCCACGGGUACUCGUCGUACUCUGCGACCGCUGGUGGUGUCACUUCCACGCUCUCGCCGAGACCGGACCGCCAGCGCUCCAUGAACGAGCCGAAGUGGAGUCGAUUGCGCCACGACGACGACAUUGUUGUUGACUGCGACCCGUACGACGUCGACAGAUUCUGGAGAGAAGCGUACGAGGACGCUCGUCUGACUUGCGACAUAGGCUGGCGCUCGGGCUUCGCAAACUCGGUGAAUUUCGGUGAGUUUGAGAUGAUAGGUGUCGCCUUGGACGGGAUCUCCCAGCCCUUGGUGGAGCCGGAGCUGAACGUCAUUUCGGGCGACAUCGACUCAGAGCUGGAGUCGUCGUGAUACGCGGUGCGCUGGAUCGGGAUCGGUUUCGACGCAGUCGGGCUUUGCCCGGGAUCAGUGUCUGUGUCGUCGUCCUUUUCGAGCGAUUUGGAAAAUGUAAAAUGAUCAUAGCCAAAGAUGCCUGCAAGAAUUAAAACAAGUUUCUGCGAAACGACCGGGUUGCCCGUGACAAGUACAACGCGCACGGAACGACGGGUAAGGUAGUUGAGCGGGCCGUCGACGAUUUCGCGGCGGUGCGGCAGAAUGAGCGUGAGCAGCGUGGCUAGAAACUUGAGUCCAACAACGGGGGAGCACGGGUGGCUGGGCGACGUCGACUGGGAUUCCUGGAUCGGCGCCUGUAGCAACGCCAGUGACGGGUGGCGGCCAUCCUUGAGCUCCAGCCACGUCGCCACGGCAACGGCCCACCGGCACAACGUCGAGUCGCUUUGUUUCAGCGGGACGUACAGCCGUGGAGUCUCGAUGAGGAAAACCAGCGACCGCACAAAAAGAUGCAGGCUGUGCACUAGAUCGGGCUCUUUUUGGAGGCAGCCAGCGGGGAACGAGGGUUUAGACCCUGCACACGGUCGACCAAGCGACGCGAGUGCGCGAAGUUUGGCCACAAUAAGUUUUUGCGUGGAUUCCAAGUGUCCUGCGAUUUCCGGCCAAUGGUUUGUCAGUAUUUCAUGGGCAUUCUGAUCCCUGCCUAUCGGCACAAUCAGGCCAAAGGCCAUUCUUGUGGGCGCCUCGUCGCACAUUGGGGCACUCCGCGAGUAAACACAGGGCUUAGGAGCCCAGUCCGGGUCGCCAUUGCCGCUCUCGCACAGCCUGAAGCUGCUGUUCACGGAAAAUAGCCGAGUGACCAGCAUCGACGCAGGCAUCGCCGCGAGAGGCGGAAGGUAGUGCAGCUUGGUGGUGGAGAUGGUCUCGUUCAGCAGAAUGCCGUAGUAGCCAAACAUAAGCGCCGCAAGCUCGCUGGUCGGGUGGUGAAACGACUUGUUCAAGUACGCCGGACUUGAUGCCUCGGAGACGCCGGGUCGCAGGCUGAGCGCUGAGUCGAACAACGUCUGUUUCGACCGAAUCCCAGAGUCCUGCACCACCACAAGUCGACAAAGACUCGACUUGUCAGAGAGCCGGAAAGUGGCAACCGGGACAGUGUUGCCGGGGCCGUAGAGCUGGGACCCGUUGUAAUGGGCAUCACUGGCGGCGUAUGGGGGCGGCGGCACCUGCGGGUCGAGAGUAGGUUCCUGCUGGCAAAACUCUUUUUUUCUGAGCAAGUUUCCUAGCAUUUGCGAUACAUGGCCACACG